AAAAAAGCUAGACGCGUCUUGUGUAUUUCGCUUGGUUCGCUAGAAAAAUGCGAGAAUUGUCGGAAAGUUUACACUCUUUCUCUAUUUACACUACAACAUCGGCCUAAACUAUGGAUCAAAAACCGAAUAUUAUCCAAUUUGAUCAGGUGUGUCGUAUUUGCAUGAAAAAUAGCGAUGAUUUACAGUCGAUUUUUGGUCAUCCACAAGACAUUCCCGAGCUAGUGCGAGACCUCUCCCGAGUAGAGGUACUUGAAAAUGACGAGUUUCCUAAGCAGAUUUGCUUGGAUUGCAUGACAUACGCAGGAAAUGUUGCGGAGUUCAAGGAACGCUGCAUUCAGACUGAUAGAACCUUAAGGGAAUACGUUUCGGAAACGAGCGAUGAUCGCAAACAGAAUAUUCUUAAGCACGAGCCCGAACUUGUGUUCGAGGAAGGGGUGGGUAUUCCGCUGGGACCGGAAUUUAUCAAGUGUGAGAUAGAUGAUACGGCGAGCGAGAAAUCGGACGAAGGAGGGAAUACCUUUGAGAUUGCCGAAGGGAGCGACAGUGACAGUGACAAUGUCGAUCAUGAUUUGGAUGGAGAAGAGGCGAAAAUUGCUCGUCGUAUAAAGAAACGUAGUAAUCGGAGUACUGUGACGGAUGACUCCGACGAUGAACCGUUGAUUGCGAAGAUGGCCAGAGGGACGGCUCAUGACUGUUCACUGUGCGAGGAGAAGUUUACGAACAAAUCGCACAUAAAGUUUCACAUCAAAAGCGACCACGCCGACGAGAAGACUCCUGUUGCGGAUAAAAUACGACAGUGCUUCUACUGUCCAAAGGCGUAUUCGAACUAUGAGUAUUUGAAAAUUCAUCUGAAUUUUCAUCGCCGCAACGAGUGGAUUUGCCCGAUGUGUGGCAAAGAGAUGAAAAAGAAGGGAAAAUUCAUCGACCAUUUGCGGAUGCAUGCGAACGAGCGCCACUACAAAUGUGAUAUCUGCGAGAAGGACUUCACUUCCCAUAAAUACAUUUCUAAACACAAGCGAAUGCAUAAGAAAAAAGGAGAGAAAAGUAGUAACAGUAAAUAUGAUGAGUCAAGCGAGAGUGAUUACGAUCCCGCUGACUACAAUAAAGACGAUGACGACGACGAGGAGGAAGAAGAGGAAGAUUUUGACUUGUCAGAUAAAGAAGAAUCCAUUAAGAAUUCGUUUCAGCCGAACCCAGAUGCUCCCAAAAAUUGUCCAAUCUGCAACGAGGCAUUCGAACGUGUCAUAUAUGUAAAGUUUCACCUUGAGAGUGAGCAUAUUCCGCUAGAUGAAUCUUCUCCCAGGGUGCAUCAUUGCGUGACGUGUAAGAAAAACUACAUGACGUUCGAGCAUUUGAUGAGCCAUAUGAAGCUGCAUUCGGAGAAAAUUUGGAGCUGUCCAGAAUGCAAGAAGCAAUUUCGGCGCCUGGACAAAUACAAAGAUCAUCAGAAAAUACAUCAGAACGACCGUACUUUCCUCUGCGUCUACUGUGGCAAAGAUUUCCCCACGACAAAGUACAUGAAUCGACACUUGCAAACACACAUGAAGGAAAAGGUUCAGAAGCCAGAAGAGGAGUUUGAGUGCGAGGUGUGCGGUAAGAAGAUGAAAUACAAGUCCAACUACACGAACCACAUGAAAACUCAUGGACCGGAACAUACCAAGCAAAUUAAAGCUGAUCCAGAUGCUCCUCCGAAAAAGAUAUACUUGUGCAGUAUAUGUGGACGGAAUUGUGGGUCUUCCAGUAAUCUAACAGUGCAUAUGCGUCGCCACAACGGCCAGGCGAUAUGUUCUUGUUCGGUGUGCGGAAAGGGAUACCCACGAAAGGCUGAUUUGGUUAUGCACAUGAGGAGACAUACAGGUGAAAAGCCUCACGAAUGUCCCACCUGUGGGCGUGGAUUUGCUCGGCGAGAUAAGCUACGAAUUCACAUUCGAACGCACACUGGCGAGAAGCCGUAUGCUUGUCCAUGUGGUCGUGCUUACGCACAGAAAAACGACUUGAAGACUCACCAGAAGCGGAACACAUGUGGUCAAAACUUUGAUAUCACAAAGUUGAUGGCACCCUAUCAACCGUCUAUUUGCGUUCGACCGAAGCCAACUCCGCCGACUCCUCCACAAAGAGAUAUGAAUGGUCCGGUGCCCGUAACGGCGAGCGUGACUGCUCCGAUCUCUCAGGCAUAUAACAACAGUAGUUCUACGUAUUCGGUAGCUCAAUCAUCCGUUGGGUGUAACGAUGUUCAGAGUGUACCCCAGUCGCCACAUCACGAUCUAAGCCGGAUGUCGGACUCAGUUCCAAGCAGUCCGGUCGAUCUGAUGACUCAUCGGUAUCCGUUUGGACACUACCCGGGUAGCAUGGUGCCCAACUUUCCCAACCCAUACCAACAGCCUAAGGUGGAUAUGUGCAAUCAAUAGGGGUGCUUUAUUUUGAUUGCGAUUUAAAACAAUAUUCUUUAGGGUGCGCAAUAAACAUACACAGUAAUAUGUU